ACUCCGCGAGUGGCGGCCGACGGGGAGGGGCGCCUCCGCUGUCGAAAUGGCGCCCAAGAAGAAGGCUGGAGAGAAGAAGGCUGGCGGCAAGAAGGGGAAAGCGAAAGGCUCCCCGGUGGUGGACGCCCUCCCCCCGGAGGGCAUGAGCAAAGAGCAGCUGGAGGACCACAUCAUGCGUCUCCGGGAGGAGCUGGACCGUGAGCGGGAGGAGCGCAACUACUUCCAGCUGGAGCGGGACAAGAUCCACACCUUCUGGGAGAUCACUCGGCGGCAGCUCGAUGAGAAGAAGGCGGAGCUGCGCAACAAGGACCGGGAGAUGGAGGAGGCCGAGGAGCGGCACCAAGUGGAGAUCAAGGUUUACAAGCAGAAAGUGAAGCAUCUGCUGUACGAGCACCAGAACAACCUCACGGAGCUGAAGGCAGAGGGCACCGUGGCCAUGAAGCUGGCCCAGAAGGACCACCGUUCCCAGGAGAUGGACAUGCGCAAGGACAUGCGCACCCUGAAGGUGGAGCUGAAGGAGCAGGAGCUGGCCAACGAGAUGGUGCUCAAGAACCUGCGGCUGAAACAACAAGAGGAUAUGACGGCUCUCCGCUCUGACUUUGAGAGACAAGUGAAAGAGAUCGAGGCCAAGUACGAGAAGAAGAUGCGAGUGCUGCGCGACGAGCUGGACCUGCGCAGGAAGACGGAGAUCCACGAGAUCGAGGAGAGGAAGAACGGGCAGAUCAACACCCUGAUGAAGAACCACGAGAAGGCCUUCAGCGACAUCAAGAACUACUACAACGAUGUCACGCUCAACAACCUGGCGCUCAUCAACACCCUCAAGGAGCAGAUGGAGGAGAUGAAGAAGAAGGAGGACCACCUGGAGAAGGAGAUGGCCGAGGUGCUGCUGCAGAACAAACGGCUGACGGAGCCGCUGCAGCGGGCCCGAGAAGAGGUGGCCGAGCUGCAGAAGAAGCUGGCCCACUACGAGAAGGACAAGAUCUCUCUGGUGAGCACGCAGGCCCGCCUGAAAGUCGCCCAAAAGGAACUGAAGGAUCUCCAGUGGGAACACGAAGUGCUGGAGCAAAGAUUCAGCACGGUGCAGGCAGAGCGGGACGAGCUCUACCGGAAGUUCACCAAAGCCAUUAACGAGGUGCAGCAGAAGACGGGCUUCAAGAACCUGCUGCUGGAGCGGAAGCUGCAGGGCCUCUCCAGCAUGCUGGAGAAGAAGGAGGUGCAGCUGAACGAGGUGCUGGCGGCCUCCAACCUGGACCCCAGCGCCCUGGCGGUGGUCACCCGCAAGCUGGAGGACGUCCUGGAUUCUAAAAACAGUGCCAUCAAGGACCUGCAGUACGAGCUGGCCAGAGUGUGCAAGGCGCACAACGACCUCCUGCGGACGUACGAGGCCAAGCUGACGGCUUUCGGGAUCCCCUUGGACAAUCUGGGCUUCAAGCCCCUGGAGACCUCGGUGGUCGGCCACAUCCUGGGGCAAGGCCCCGCCGGACUCGUCUCGACCCCCACCUAGCGGACCCGGGUGCUUUCCUCUGGCCCAGGGAGCACCGCGUCUCCUCCUUCCCGGGGCUGCUUCGCCCCCUCCGGCGGCUGCGGGUGGCAGGCAGCAGGGACUGGGCUGGCCCG